AUGGACGAAGCAGCUCAGCAAGCCUACACUCCGUCGCCAUUGCAAUUCCUUAAACCUAGAACCAUGCGUCUAUCAAAGCACGCUCGAACCAAGAAAGGUAGUGUUGCACCUAUGAACGACGAUGACAGCAGUGAUUCUGUGAACCUCCAUCAUAGCAGUGCCUACCAGUCGAGGCAUGAAUUCAGAGGGGUGUCCUUCUCCACUUCGCGAGGCAAGAUUUGGUUGAUCCUAAUCAUUAACUUGUCCGUCGUCACAAUGUUCAUCUUCAUGAGUUCCAUACGCUUCCCUUCUCUAAAUGGGGAAAACAUUGUGAAUGAUGCAUUGGAGCACGAGCAACACCCUAGACCUAUUAACAAGAACACAGAGCAAGCCCUUUCACUAACAGCCGUUGACUCCCCUGCAACGAAAGUGGCGCAAGUACAAGAUACAUCUCGUCCUGGAGGCUACUCAAAACUAACGAGUACUGAAUACCCUCAAACGCAGGAUAAAGAACUCGACUCGACGGAUGCAACAGACACAGAAACAGUAGCACCCCUCUCGGUGACAUUAAGCGAUGAUACAGGAGAAACUCCUGUAGUACUGGCCAAUAUCCAAGAGAAAAAAUUCGAAAUGCCCUCGCUGUCAGUGACUAGGCAGGCUGAAGCACCUGUGUCCGACGUAGACAUUAACCCAUACAUUGUAUCAGCCGACGCACAAGGCGAUACUUCAUCGGUGCCCGCGUCUAGCGAGUCAUACACAGGUCAACGAUCUCCAGCUGAGAUCGCAGACAUUAUUUCGAAUAUGAAGGAAUCCCAGGAUCCCUCUUCAGAAAUACUACCACCGUCUUCAGAGCAACCAGAUGAAGCCAAAUAUUCUGUGACAACUUCGAAUUCAGCGCCUCAAUCGGUGGAGACCAAAACACCCGCAGUCGAGCCUGAAGAUUUUCUUGAUAAUAUGUCACUGUGGCUCACAAGUGAAUCGGGUGUAGAAGUUGAAAACUUGGCAGCUUGUUUGGCCUCGUCCGGAGAGGAUAUUACUGCGUGUGGGGUGACCCGUUGGACAAACCAAAUUGUGAGCACGGAUCCCAAUGCUGCGGACUCGACUGCUUUCCGCCCCGUAUCACAACACCAGAGACCAGUAUGGAUUCCGAUCGUUCCAGAUACGAAUAAUCAACUUCCAACAGUGUACUUUACGUGCCCUAUGGUGACCGAUACGCUGAGAGUGCAUGAGUUGAUGACACUGCUGUUCGUGAUCUCUCCAGCUCAUAUUGAGACUGGCGACUCGUCCAGGAGGCAGAAAUUCUUUGGUAACUCACCGUACGGACAGUUUGCUCUUCGUGGUGGCAAGCCAUCGUUUUUCGCCAAUAAUGGCCUUGUAGAGAGUGCUUAUGAGCUCCCCACGGGGCAGUUCUCGCUAGUGACGUACCGCUUGAACCGAGGUUACGUUGAAAUCAAGGUCAGUGGUGGAGCUUGGGGUGGUGAACUACCAGUGGAGGGUGACGAGAGACACAUCCGAAUUACUGUUAACGAUGUGGUGAGCCUAGGUAACAGCAAGGGUGUGUGUGAUACAAAUGCCUUCCAAGGUAGAAUCGCUGAGGUGCUGGUUUACGACGCCGUACUGGACAAUACGAAGAUCGAGGAGGUGGAGAAAUACCUGCAUGAAAAGUGGUGGGGGCACAAACCAUUCCCAACAGCAUCCCCAACGGCUACAGUUGCGCCUACUGAAUCGGUUGCGUCCGAGGUUGUUCACAGUGAUAAUCCAGUGGAUGAAGCAGUAUCGGUUGCUCCUGCAAACUACCCUCAAGUGACACAACAGACUUCAUCAACAAAGAAGCCACUCGCAGGAGAUACCCAGCAAGCUUCCACGACAACAGAAAUUCAUCCAACCGACCAUGACGGCAAUGGCACUCAGCAGAAAAUUCCAGGAACGGAAGCGGAGGACGUUAGUUUAGUGCCCAAGUUCGAUCCACGAGUCAACAUAUUCGAAUGGACAGCUCCUAGCGACGUUGACCCAGCAAAGGCAGCGCGGUGGAGGAGCACAGUCAAGGAAAAGGUAGACUAUAUCCGCAACUUCCAGCUGGGUGGUGACGUGCUACGAACGCUCAUCCGCCAACACAAGGACGAGCUGGUGGCAUUACGUGACGAACUCUUUGGCUAA